AUGCCUCGAAAAUCAGAUAUUGCUUAUUCGCUGCCCUCAGAGCGGAUAUCUUUAGAGACAUGGAGUGCUGAUUUUACAAAUUAUACAAUUGAGGACAAAAUCAUAAAGACAACAUUGAAAAACACAGUGUUAGAUAUAAAAGAAGUUAUAAGUAAAAGAUCAGCAGACGCGGGAGGAAAGUUGAUUCCUAAGGCUAUCCAGUUGAAAAAUAGAAACCAAGUAUAUGAAGAUCAUCAACAAUUGAAUGAUUUUUUGGUUCAAGAAACAGAACAUACAAGGAUCCAAGUAUUAAUCGAUUUGGAAAAAUUGGCAGAUAUUGAUCACAUACCUUCACUUAUGAAUAUUAAUUUGAAACUAAGCACUGGGAAACAAAUACUCUUGAGAGAGUCUUUAAACACAACUAUAAGCUCAAUAAAAUAUGCGUUGGUUGAAGAUUUGAAACUGAAUGGGUCACAAGAUAUCAUCACAUUAGAGUACAAUGCUGGACAGGAACUACAAGAUCGAGAUGAUUUGCAAAUUGGCCAAUUGCUUGAGCUGGAUACAGUACCGGUGGAUGAUCUCAAUAUAUAUGUGAGGCUAAAAGAUGAUUUUGUUGUCAAGUUAUCAUCCCCAAAUGAAAACAUUUUAAGAAUUCAAAAGGUAAUUGUCUGUUCAGAAACAUCAAUUACUACAAUUAAGCGUUUCAUUGCUGAUCAAUAUAAAGGUACAAAUGAGAUCGAUAUCCCAGAUAUUAAAAUCAUUUAUUUCGGUAGAAUAUUGAGCAACGAGUCUAAAUUGAAUGAAAUCUUGAAUGGAGGUGGUGAUAGUUCUGUGAACUCGUUGAUUACAUUGCAUUUUGUUAUCAGUGAUCCACAACCUCAAACAGUGAAUAGAGGAGGAUUUUGGAGUGAUCUUACUAGUGGAAAUUCACUUUUUGAAUUUCUACCACUGGAACCAAACCCAAAUUUUGAAGCUGAUCUAGAGAGAGACAGAAGGUUAAGAGAGAGGCUAGCUGGUAAUUUAGUGGAGGAAGAGAUUCAGCCUCAAGAUCCCCUUGAAGGGUCUUCGAUUCAACAACAGCAACAAGAUGAACCCGUUGAAGAACCUGCCGAGUUCAAUAAUUCUGCACCAGCAUUAGUUAACGUUAAAUUGUCAGGUGAAUCAUAUGAUAAAGGUAUCAAGGAUGGUGAAGAGGUAUAUUUAAGUCAGACUGAUACUUCAACAACCGUUUAUCAAGUUACUUUGAAUACUGCUAAUGGGCCACGUCAAAUCAUAUUAUCCAGUUCACAAGCAAUAAUUAAUAACAGUGACGCCUCACAUCCAUAUAUUAUGCUUUCGCCAUCAGGUUUUGCCAAAUUGGAAACAUUAGGAAUUGAUAUUCAAAAGCCUAACGUUAUACUUGGUGCAGAUACUGCCCCUUUUCCACUACCCCAUUUAACUGCUGCUCCAAACCUUUCAAACUCACAACAGGCAACUCAAACUCAAGCUCAAACAGUUUCUGCUACGCAACGACAACAUAGAGGCUCAAUUGCUGCGCAAAAUCGUGCUAUUGUUAAUGUUAGAAGAUUCAGUAUUCGUAUCAAUCAAGCAUCUGUCACAAGAGGUUUCCAAUUAGCUGGAAGAUUAGGUUAUCAUCUGGGGAAAAUCUAUCUUUUCUAUUCAUUAAUCAUCUCCCAAAUCCCAGAUAAUUUCAAUAGAAUGUUUUGUUUGGUGUUAUUGGGAGUUUAUACAUUCACUAAUGGAUCCAUAAGAAAUCUACUACAUGAAGUCCAACUAUUAUUACCACAAUCGUAUAGAGAUUUCACUUCCAGAUAUAUUGAAGCACCGGAAAGAUUUAUAAGAUCAUCUAUAACUAGUGGCUCGUCUGUUCUGAUGAGAGAUAUUCUACAUUGUUUACCUGAUAGAGCAGCUGUAAACAUAUUUGAAUUUUUGGAUAACUUUCUUAGAAGAUUUGUUGUUUCAGUCAUAUUGUUCUUCACUAGUUUAUUCCCAGCUCUACAUGGUAGCUUUCUGGAACAACGAGAAAUAAUAGCACAAGAAAGACUAAGAAGAGAACAAGUGAUGGAGCAAUUGAGACGGGAAACUCAAGAACCUAUGGAGCAAAAUGAAAGGGUGUCAGGAUCUUUAGAAGAAAGACCAGACACCCAAAUUAAUGAUGAAGCUGAGCUUCUUAGAGAUGAUCCAGAUAAUGGAGCUACAGGUGUUCAAGUUCAUCACGAAAAUUGA